UCAACGAAAUGGUUUCGAAUAUUUAGAAAGCGGCGUGUGAGCGAAAGCCAAGUAGAAAAAACUCAAAGGAUUGUGAAGUCAAAGGUUUGGUAGACAAAAAAAAAACAUUGCAAAUUUUUUUAGUGGCUUAAUUGUGAAUUUGUAUAAGCACUGAGUAAAGCCAUUUGUAAGCGUAUUGUAAUUUAAAUUUCAUAAACUCCAAAAAACUCUUGCUAAAGCCACAUCUAAAAGCUACACACCGAAAUGUCCUUCCUAUCGCCGACGCUCAGAUUGGAGAACCUUCCCAACGAACCGAUUAUGACACUCGAUCACAUACCGGAAGAAAAGCGUUACAACAAAAACAACAUUGUAGCCAAGUGGUGUGCGCCAAUAAAUGGAAAAUUGUAUCGCAUCGAAUUGGAACAUGGCACCACAACAGGUCGACGAAUGAUAUGGGUUAAUGGCAAGGAAGUCUUGCGACGCGACUGGAUGUUCAAACUGGUGGGCGAAGAUUCAUUUUACAUUGGACAAGCACGUUGCAUUAUACGUGUAGAUCCAGCGCCAGGUUUUCGCUAUGCAUACUCACUAUAUAUCGACGGCAAACCACACGAGCAAUACACGGAUGAGCUGGCAAAACAAUAUCGUCAAUGGUUGGUCAGCAUUGAGGAUAACGAAUAUCGUAUAAUGUUAGAAUUGGAUACGAUUAAUUUGUAUGUGAAUGAUCAGCUGCGUGCAGAAACGGGCGAAUUUGUGGAUGGUGGCACGGAUACAAAGUUUAUGGAUAAUGGUAAUGCAUUUGUGCUGCAAGCGCGUUCGAGUGGCAAUAAAUUGGAUGGAUUGACGUAUACGCUAAUAGUAAAUGGUGAGGCGGUGCCUGAGGCUAAGAUAUUGGAAAUUAUGCAUGAGCCAUUCUCAAUAUUAUCAGCGACUUAGAACUAAGUGUGGAAUAACUAUACGAUGUUGUGUAGACUGUGUCAAAAAAUUAUUAAGAAAAAGUGAUUUAUGAAAGAGUAGAUACAUAGUACAUAUUUGUGGUGUGUUAAACAAUUAGAGUGAUAUGUAAAAAUAAAGUAUGAAGAAGCCUUAUAAAA